UGAAUGGCGUACAAAAUAUUAUUUUGAUGGCCGCCAGUUGAGAUUUUUUUGAAGAAAUUUGGGUUUCUUACUAGAAAUAUGAACUAAUCAGUGAAAAGUUUGGUGUUUCGCAAAAUUCGUUUUUCGUGGACGAACGUGCUAAACGCAAGUUGAUCUACUUUCUUCAGGAAUUUGGUUAAAGUAAACCAAGAUAAAAUGGAUCACAAUUUAAUAAAUUCCAAUGCAGGAAAUGUAAACUCGAUAAACACUCAGGUUUCAUAUUCAUCGGAUAUGGGCAUGAAGAAUGAGAGUAUGCCGCCAAUAACGACAGAUGUGUACUCCAAUCAAAAAUCAAAUAACCCUUACGCUCACCAGAAUCUUAUGGGAAAUAUUGACCUGAACUACGGAAGCCAAUUGCCAGGUGGAAAUGUCGCCUAUGUCCAACAAGACAACACAAUGGUUACAGAUGGGAAUUAUCUCAACACUGGCUACUGCUUGGUAACUUCCGAGAACACCAUAAUCACAAAUCCAGGGGAUAUACAAAACAUAUACACACAGCCACACCCAGAAAGCAUGAACGUCGAUUUUAACACUCAAAAUGUAGUGACAACAGAAGGUUAUGUGACAACUGAACAGUACAUUGCCCAGACAUCGGAGCAAAACAAUUUUGUUUCUCAAUACAUACAGGAAGCUCAGGCUGGCAGCCAGUAUCAGGUUACAGCAGCAACCGAUAAUUUUAUUAUGUCUACAAAUUCACCUGAUCAAGUGGAUUCUUCCAAUGUUGUUGUUGCACAGGAAAAGGAAGUCGAUAAUGGGAAUAACAAUGAACAAAAUCACGAUUUAAAGACAGAAAUUGAAAAUCAAAGUGAACAGACUGAAGAAAAUUCGUUUAAGCACAUCGAAGAAAGCGCUAUGCAACAGAUUGAGGAGAAUGCAAUUCAGCAAAUUAAAGAAAGUGCUAACCAGCAGAUUGAAGAAAGUGCGCACGAUAAAGAAGAAGAAAACGAAGAUUCAAUACUUGAAGAAAGUAUCCAACAACCUGAGGAAGCAAGUACAAACCAGCAGAUUGAAGAAAGUGCGCAUGUUGAAGAAAAUACAGAUUCCAUACUUGAAGAAAGUAUCCAACUACCUGAGGAAGCAAAGGUUGAAGAAACAACAACCGUUACCGAAGAAAGUAGCAUUGAAGAACAGGCUGUGGUAGAAAGUUCAGAAAUGGAAGAGGUUAUGGAAAAUCAUGCAAAUGAAGAACCUGCACUACAAGAAGAAGUAGUAGUGGAAGAAGAAGAAGUAAGUAGUCAGGAAAUAACGGAAGAAAUAACGGAAACCACUGAAGAAUUCUAUGAGGAAAAACCGUCUAAUAACAUACAAGAAGAAGAAAUCGUUGCAAAUGAAGAAUCACAGACUGAAACUGAAGAGGAAGAAUGUCCGAUUGUGAUGAAGGAAACGACGCCGUCGGGCUCUGAGCAAAUAGAAAUUACCGAUGAAAAUUAUGUUUCUCACCAGGAUAUCGUGUACAAUGAGGUGGAAAAAAUGGAAAUUCCGCACAAGGAUCAACCUGAAAGGAUCACCUUGGAAGGUCUGAAUUUACCAGGCGAGUUGGAGGUGACUGCUGUGACUGAGGACGGUCAGAAUAAUGUGCAGUACGACGAAAGUAAUGUGGUGCAUUUGACUGGUGACGGUCCUGAACACGAAAUACUCCUUAUAGAGUCUUAUGUCGAAGAAGAUGCUAACGAGGAUUCCACCGACGGUAGCCUAGUGGAGGGUGAUAAUGUGAAUGUAGAAGGGGCAAAGGUUGGAGGAAGGAGCUCAAAGCAGACCAGAAGAAUUCCUCUGGGCGAUAAUUUACCGCCUUUGCCGGCCCACAUCAUCGGUACCGACACGGCCACGCCUGUGGAUCCGAUGAACGGGAAAAAACCGAGACUCGGCGUUAAAAUACCGUGCAAAAAUCUGCAGAGCCAAAUCGUUUCGAACAAGGAGAUCGAGAAGGUGGUGAUGGACAGGUCCAAGCUGAAACAGCAACACAAAGCCGACAUGUCGUUCGCCAGAAGCCUGACGUACAGAUUGGCCAAGACGCUGAUCCCCGAGGGCAACUCGCAACCCAAAGCGGUGGCGAAACCCAAAACACCAGCGCCAAAACCGCAAGAAGCGAACAUACAGGACAACUCUGAUUUGCUUGCGAUUCUCGAGGGAGAUGACGCGCCCAUCACGGAAAACACCACUGCAACGGUGGUUGCGAGAACCGAAACUCCAGCAACGGAAGCACAAGUGGAGGCGCAGGCCAUAAAAGAUUUCGAGAAGGAGGUGGCCCUGCAGCAGCUCGAAGACUUGGCUACGCUCGCGCCGACCGUCAAAACCGUCUACAAAAACGAGCACAUCAACUUGCGAGCAGACGCGCCAGCUUUAAGAAUACGCAAGGAACAGGCCAAAAACAAGGCCAACAAAGCUGCGGCAGCUAAAGCCGCCACCAUCGAAACUCCCAAAAAAACCGCGGAGACUCCCAAGAAGGCGUUGCCAGCCGUCAAGAAGGUCGCGGAACCCAUCGAAAUCGAACCGCAAGUGAAAGUCAACAUGGUUCUCAAGACGUAUUCGAGAAAGCGGAAAUCCUUGGAGACCGACAUCGUUCCGGAAGUAUCGCCUCCCAAAAAGGUUGUAAAAGAGGUUAAAGAAGUGAAUGAAGAGGUCAAAGAAGAAAAGGAAGUUAAACCGGCAGUAAAACCGGACACUUCGAAAGCUACCCCAACCAAUGUGUAUAUGACCAAGAGUUCUCGCGUGAUCAAGAAGAAAGUUAUCUGGGACCCCGAUGAGGCCGCAUCGCCGAAAAUCAAGAUGGAAGCCACCAUCGUUAAAGUGACGCCAGCCAAAACUGUCAGCAAAUUUUCCGAAAGGAAGGAGGAAGUGAAGGUGGUGGAAGAGAAAAAAGCACCCGAAAAGAAGCCCGAAGUCGUCAAGAAAGUGGUUAAACCGCCGGCAAACAACACGGCUGAAACUAAAAAAGUACUGUCUCCCAAGAAAAUCAAGGGACCGGUCGUUAAAAAACGCUUGACAGAGAUCGAUAAGCUGCUCAUGGACGAAGGCGCAGUCAACAUGCUCUACGACGUCAACAACGACGAUAAAAAGAAGAAGAAUUUGAGCGGCGAAAAGUUCAACGACGAAAUGACCAAGCGAGCCAAGGAGAUCAAAAGUAACCUGCAAAAGAGCACCGAGGAGUCCCCGAAAUCGCUGCGUAAAAAGGCAGAGGGAACUGCGAUCUCCCCGUCACCACCUGCGAAGAUCCCCGCCUCCUCCGACGCUUCGAGAAAGAAAUCCAAAGAUUCUUCGCGAGGCACGCCGCCGCCGUCGCCGGCUUUCGCCUACAGAGAAUCCUCGAGGUUGAUUAGGAGAAGGUCCAGCAGCUCCAUAUCCAGCGUGGAGGAGUUGGAGGAGGAGAGCAGCAGCAGCGGCGGCAGCACCAGAAGCAGCAGGAAGAGAGUGAACUCGGAAACCCCGGCCAAAAAGCCCAAAAAGGCCCACAAAGAACCCGAAGAACCGGCCGUGACAAAAGUAGAAACCCCGAAAGAAACGGCAAUCAACGAUAAGACCGGGUACAAGACGUUCACGUUCAAAAAGACCGGAAAGCUGGCAACGCUCGACUUGAAUUACAUAAACAAAUCUUGCCACUGCACCCUUCAAGUGCUGAAAGAGUUGAUCAAAGUUUUGCAGCAGCUGUCCAAAGACAAAGACUGCAGCGUGGUGUCGGUUACGUCGAGCGGAAAGCAGUUUUGCCUCGGUCUGGAUUACAAAUACCUCGUCGCCGAUACGCCGGAAAACAGAAAGAAGAAAGCCACCGAACUUUCAGGAUUGCUAAGAGAUUUUUUGAUGUGCCUUUUGACUUUCCCGAAAGUCUUAGUCGCCGGCAUCCAAGGCGACUGCGUCGGUCUGGGCGUUACGAUGUUGCCGCUCUUCGACAUGGUGAUCGCCAGCGACACGGCAAAGUUUAGCACGCAAAACACGACCUUGGGUUCGGUUGUCGAAGGCGCCUAUCUACUGGCAACGCCGCAUCUAUCCAACCGCGGAUUGACUUCCGAGUUGUUGUUUACCAGCAAUCAAAUAACCGCCGAUGAUGCUUUUAGAAGGGGCCUCGUUACAAGGUUAUGUUGGCCGGAAAAGUAUCAGCAAGAGCUUAAGAGUAUGUUGGGUUCUAUCGCAAAAAGCUCAAAACAGAGCCUACUUUCGUCUAAGAAACAGCUGAACGCUUUUAUAUUGAAAUCGACGGAAGCAGCCAUAAACGCAGAAUCCGCCGUUUUAAUAGAGCAGUGGACCAGCGAGGAAUGUCAAAAAAAUUUCGCCUAA